AUGGACAUCACAGAGCUUUUCGAGUUCCUCUCGAGCCCUAACCCCCAGGCGCGCCACAUUGCGCUCAAGAACAUUGUCGGGCACACGCCAAAGAACGACUCGAAGCGGAGUGCCUUCAUCCCGUCCUCGUUUGCGGCGCUCCCGGGAGAGUCUGAGGGCCUCAAGCGCAAGGAGGGCGCCGAGGCUGACGACGUCAAGGUCAAGUGCCUCCACGACCUCGCCAACCUGUGCCGCGACCAGGGCGCUAUCGCACACGAUGCGCUCUCGGCCCUCGUCAACCUGUCGGACAACCUGGCUGUUGCGCGCCAGCUCGCCACCGAGCCAUUCCUCAUCUGGCUCGUGUCGUACACUGCCAACACGACGUCUCCCCUCUCCCCCCUGACCGCGAUGCUGCUGUCCAACCUGACCUCUCACCCCAGCCUCGUGCCCAUGCUCGCCAACCUUACCAUCCCCAUCGUCGGCCUCCCCAAGGCCAAGGCAUACCCGCCAUGGUUCCUUCCCGCAGCUGCCUCCGCCUCAUCCACCGUCCACCCCGAGUACCGCGAUCCCCAGUUUUCCGCCAACGAGGAGGCUGGGCAGGAGCCUGAGCGCGAGGUUGAGGCCGUGCGUGCCCUCGUCCAGGCGUUCGAGGACGGCGCGAGCGACGGCGUUAAGGAGGGCAAAGGAAAACGCAAGGGCGAGGUCCACUUCCUUGCAUCGGUGUUCGCCAACCUGUCUAUGGUCCCGGCGACCCGCCAUCUCCUCCUCACACCUCAGCCCGCGUUCCCUGCUCCAUCAUCGGCAACGACACCUGACGACGAGCCGCUGCUUGCCAAGAUUGUCGUGUACACCGAGCACCUGGACACGAUCCGCCGCGGUGGUGCGCUCGGGUGUAUCAAGAACUGCGCGAUGGACAGGGCGUCCCAUGCGUGGCUCCUGGCGAGUGAGCACGACCGCGUCCGCCUCCCUUCAGACACCUCGCGGACCGUCCGUGGCGUCGAUGUCCUUCCAUGGGUGCUGGCUCCGCUCAUGGGUCCCGAGGAGUACGACAUGGACGAGAUGGAGAAGCUCCCCGAGAUCCUCCAGUUCCUGCCUCCUACAAAGUCAAGGGAACAGGACCCCGUGCUGCGGAUGAUGUGUGUGGAGAUUCUUUUGUUGCUCUCGACGACCUUCACGGGGCGGAAGGCUCUCCGCGACCGCGGGACAUACUUUGUCGUGCGUGAGGCGCACAAGAACGAGGCCGACCAACAAAUCAAGGACGCCAUCGAGCGCCUCGUGGGCCUGCUACAGGGAGAUGAGGGCCGCGAGACUCGUGCAGACGAGAUCCAACACCUUGUUUCGAGGGGGGCUGACGACGAGACGGAUGUCGUAGAGGUCUAA